GUGAUAAUAGUCUGAGCAAAGGGCAGAAUGUUGAUGCAGAAAAAAAAAGGAAGAAAGGAAGAAAUCAGCUCCACACUUAGAGAUCUGAAGAAACUUAUACAGCAAAGCUGCUGCAGAAGAAAUGAGCAUAACUUACAUUAUUUCAGUGUUUGUAAGGGAGCUACCCGCCUGCAUUCUCUUUGGCUGGAUCUUCAUGUCUGUGGCUUUGUUCCUCCUGAUGCUCAUCACCUAUUUCAGGAUCCAGCUAUCAGAAGCUAAGACUGAGCAAAACAGGAAAAGGAGGUGGGCUACAGAUCCCAAGGUUGAUAAGGAACUGGCCAUGCUGCAUGACCGCAGAAACACCCUCCUGGAUUAUCGCACAGAGCAACAGGAGCUGUGGAGAUCUGGAAAAAAAGUGAACAAAUGCAGGAACUGAGUGACAUUUAAGGGAGUCUCACGUCUCAGGAAGCAAGCUUACAACCAGUGCUCAGCUCUGCAGGUUUAAAAAUAACCAGCUGUAGAUAAAUACCACGGAGGAGAACAAAAUGGAGAGAAGCUAGUGCCGCGCUGUACAAACAAAACAGCUGCUGCCAUUCAAAAAGGCCUUGUAGCAGUUUUGCUCUGUCCCAUGAGGCCGAGUGAGCAGUACUUUAUUCUACUCAUCAGACACCAGAGACCUCCCGCA